UUAAAUUAACUUUUUUUAAACUUUAGUGUGUGGUUUUGUUGUUGUUCUGCCAAGUGUAUUGGAAUUUACCACGUAGGUUCCGAAACGGGUUUCGGUCCCAUCGACUGGAUAUUUUGUAACUUGCAUAAUUUUCUGAUUGUUUACCUGCAUUAGAACUGGUCUAGUGAGUUAUAAUUUACAUACCUAUUUGUUCGUGCCUUAUUGGAUUCCAAUUGGAAAGGUUCAUAUUGACAAGUGAUAUUCAUAAAAUCAUACGCUUCAACGAUACCAAAUACCGACCAAAAUGACGUAAAAAUCAAGUGAACGUGAACAAACCCUAACUUAGUGUGAACAAAAAUGAGUGACGUGUAGUGCAUAAGUCCAAGAUGGCGUCGUUAGUGACAUUGUUGUGUGUGUUGUGUGGCUUGGGGAGCGCGUGGGCGCACGUGGCCCUGACGUUCCCGCCGGCGAGGCGGUAUGAUCUGGACUUUUUGGAUAAUACGAGGACGAAGCCGCCAUGUGGGAUGCCGAAAGGCUCUUCGAAGACUUCAUUCCUCGCGGGCUCAACCUUCACAGUACAUUGGCACUUGGCCUACGCACACAGAGGAGGAUUUAGUUUACGAAUUUUGGACUACCUCGAGAGGCCCGUGUUGGAUUUGACUCCGAGAGCCGGCGGAUCCGAGUGGGUCAGAGAUGACGUUACUGCUCAGAAGUAUGAAGUACGACUGCCCAGCGACUUCACAUGCGAAAACUGCACAUUGCAACUCCAGAGGGAAGCGGGGGAAUGGGGGAGCGGUUACCGCUUCUGGUCCUGUGCUGACAUCGACAUAUUACCACGCAAGGAAUACCACGAAACCUGCUCCGGCCACGGUUUCCACAUCCUCGGUCGCUGCAAGUGCAACAAGAUGUACUCCGGCAGUCGUUGUCAGUUCAGCGACGAGUGUGCCGAGGAUAACGACUGCGGGUUGCGGGGGCAGUGCGUCGACGUGAGGGCCACGGAGUCGCCCAGCAAGAUGUGCUAUUGCCCGCACGGGUUCUACGGGAAGGGGUGUAAUAAGAAAUCCCCCUGGAAGGACAAGAACCUGAACCUGGACCGGUACAGCCGCCGAGAGCUCUCUCCAGACUUCAACUUGUACUGGCGGGUCAUUCAACAUGAACAAGAACUGGAAGUUGUCAUGAUCGUCAACGGAACAUCUUAUGCUGGAAUCGGUUGGAGGCCAAGCGGAUUGACUAAAGAAUGCAAAAAUUUCCCCGUCAUCGGAACCCCGCUAGCUGACAAGACAAGCACAUCAAAGCCGGAACCCCUACCAAAACCAGAACCUGAAGCUGAACCUGCCGCGUCCCCAGAACCGAGCCCAGAACCCAAAUCAGAACCCGAACCGAGCGCAGAACCGAAAGCGGAACCAGAACCCACCGCCGAGCCGAAGGCAGAACCCGCACCGGAACCCACUUCAGAACCCGAACCGUCCGCAGAACCCACGGCAGAACCGGAGCCGGAAACAACGACAAAGUUAUCAGAAUAUGACAAUAGGAAUAAGAGAGUUGCUAUGCAUUCGUUGGAUGGAAUUGACUUUAAGAAUCUUGGGAAUGAUGUUCAAGUGAAGACUAGCGUGUCCUACAAAGUGUCAAGUUCUAAAGGUCGUCGAAAACGAGCCGCUGCGAAUGAAAGUUACUUCCCCGCUCACGAGUACGUGCCGGGCUACGACUUCAACCCCAUGGACUGCACGGAUAUAGUCAUCGGCACGGCGCGGGGCAACUACCACAGGGUUCUGGACUAUUACACUAGGGACAGGUCUACUCCCCGUGUGGACACGUUCUGGGGCGGCCACGACGACAUCACGGCGUCUUCCGGCUUUGAGGAAAAUGGCGUCACCACCAUCAUGUUCAGGAAGAAGCUUCAGGCUAAAGAGCCCACGGACCACUCGAUCGUCGACGACGCAAUGCACUUGAUCUGGGCGCGCGGGCAGGAGCCCGGCAAAUACCGACACUCGCCGCCGUCGGGAAUCGAACAAGGCACUGCGUCCGUUAAGGAUUUCUACAGACAGGAUGAAUUGAAGUAUCACGGCCAUGGCGGGCAGAGAGGCGUUACUAAACUUAACUUCUUUGAAGAGACCAAAUCCGCGACACAGGGCGGCAUUCUCCCCCUCGCGAACAAAUGCGGCGGCUACUUCAAGCUACCGGCUGACUGUUCCCUCGCCAACGGCACUUGCGAAUACCACGCCAGUUGGGAGUACCUCGGCCAGAAGAGGGGGAAGGACUCUGUGAAGUUCACGAUUGUUACCAAGGAGAGCAAGCUCUGGACUGGCAUUGGGUUCAGCAACGACAAGAGAAUGUCCCAGACGGAUGCCAUCAUUGGUUGGGUGGACCCUCGCUCCUCGCGCCCCUUCAUCAUGGACACCUGGGUGUCCGGAUAUGCUGCUCCCAGGGUUGACACUCAGCAGGACAUCACCAAGGAGUACGGCAGUCUCGUGGACGGAGUGACAACCCUCAGCUUCGUGAGGAAGCGGGACACUAAGGAUUCUAAGGACUUGGCGUUCACGGACAGCCAGUGCCUCUACAUGAUGUUCAUCCCCCACGGCGGCGGCUUCGACCCCGUCAACAAGCGGACAAGCAAGCACGCGCAGACUCCGAUUGUCUCCGAGAACAGAGUCUGCAUCAAACCGUGUGGACCAGAACCGGCCGAAGACGAAGUAACAACUGAAGCCAUCAUCCCCGGCCAAACAGCUUACACCAUGCUGAUCCGCAUCACAGGCUUAGCUGACAGCUUCAAGCCACCAGCUGAAGGGUCCCAGGAGUUCGCAGAACUGAAGAGACAGGUCGAGGACAGCCUUAUCCGAGAGGUCUCCAAGAAUAAGGGGUACCGGGGGCUGCAGCUGAAUGGAUUUAUGCAGAACGAAACCAAAGCCAUUAUAGCCGAGUUGACCCUGAAAUCGAUGGAAAGCAACUUUAUCGAGGGCUCUAGCGCUCGCUCGCUCGGCGCGGCGCCGCGCAACGAGAGCGACAAGGACGGCGACAGACAACGGUGGGAGCGGGCGGUUAGAGAUACGCUGGCGCUGGGGAAGGUCGGGAACCUUAAUGUGGACCCGGAGUUCUUGGUGCUGGAGCCGCAGAGUCUACUAUCAACUCAGUCUAUCCCCGACGAGGACGAAAGCGGCAACGCUCGCUCGUUCUUCGGCCUCGCCGAGACCAAACUAUACGUCGUGGUUGGAUGUGUAGUAGCGCUUAUAUUAGUAGCGUUAUUGCAAGCCGGAUGCACUUUAUAUAAGAGCAGCAGUGGGAAACGGAAAGAGCAACUAAUCCCGAACGCAGCCUGGAAGGACUAUUCCACAGCUAACACCAACUACGCAUUCGAGCCGUUUGAGAACGACGACAAAUACAACAGUACCACAUCUACCGCUCCGCUGAGAGAGAGGCCUACGUCCGCUCCUUUGAGGCCUACGAACCCACCUCCACCGAGGCCAGCAAGCAACAACAAAAUGGCGCCGAACGGGAAGAACGGUAAGAUGGCGGCCAACGGCAACGGAAACAAGAUGGCUGCCAACGGAAACGGAAACGGCAAGCCCAAGCACCCGAACAGCGCCGCGCAAUAUUACCACGAGACGCGUUCGCUGCAGCGGCCGAGGCCGCCGCAACCACAAUAUGGGUACUCGACGCGGCCCGACCGCGCGACGUACUCGCUGCCGCGUGGCCGCGACAUGUCGCAGCCGGACUUCUACUUCAUGCCGUCGCAGCGCAAGUACGAAGAUUUUUGACGGAGUUGACGGGCGAUAAUUUCUAGUUACCAAUAAUUCUUUUGCACCGAACAUUUUAUGUACAUUAGGACAUUCCCACUUUAUUGUAUUACUCCCAAACCAGAUCUAGUCUCGUGUCACAGUUUUAAAAUAAGUUAUUUUAUUCACCUCUUUACUCUUAAGACGACAUAUUGUAAAUAAUUGCUGUAUAUUGCGAUAUAUCUAUAUAUAUAUGGAGCAAGUGGCGGGUUCUUUAAAUAUAAUUAAUUUUAAUGUGAAUGUACCUUCGAAGAAUAGUUAUAUUAAAAUAUUAUGUGUAUUAUAUUAGUACCUAUAUAAACGUUGGAAGAAUACUUGACUAUUUUGCUGAUUUUACCUUAGGACUUCGAUCAAAUCUUUUAAAGUAUCUCAAUCUAUAAUCAUUACCUAUUAAUUUUUUUAUUCGAAAAUAUACAAAUUUUAAAAUUAACCAGGUUAAAAAACCUAUAUGACAAGAAAUUAAAGUUAAGAUUGAAAUGUCAACUUAUAGGACACUCAAAAACAAUGGAAACAGGUUACUGUGUAACCUCUGUAUCUAUACAAAAUUACCCGUUUUCGUAAUUCUUGAAAGUUAUUUAUAAU